AUGGAGUUGGUGGUGGUGGGGAGGCCUAAAAGGGAACCAACUGGUUUUGGGUUUAAGAGGAAAUGGGCUGUAGGAGAACGUGGGAAAUUUCCAGCUCAAGCUCAACCAAAUCCAAAGGGUCAACACAUGACACAAAUUUCGGGAUCAGGAGAGACCAACUUUAAGGAAGUAAAUACCAUAACCACUAGAUCUGGGAAAGUCAUUGAACCGGCCAUUCAAUCUAGGGAGAAUGAAAAAGAAUCAAGCGAGCCUAAUGAGAGUAGCCCCAGUGAAGAAGUAGUAAAAGUUCCAGUUAGGGUACGUUUCCCUCAAGCCCUCAAAUCCACCUCGAAGUCAACCACUCAACACAAUGAAAUCCUAGAGCAUCUUAAACAAAGAAAACAUCACGUCAAGAAAACCGCUUUCUUUACAGAGCAGGUGAGUGCUGUGACAGAGCAGAGGAUCCCACCAAAGUAUAACGACCCUAGUUGUCCUACCAUCUCUUGUGUCAUUGGGAACCAUGAGUUUACACAAGCCCUUCUUGAUUUAAGAACUAGUGUUAACCUCGUGUUAUGCUAUAUACCUGUUGUAAGGUCUACCAUAAGACCUAAGAGAGCGGUUGAGGAUGUGCUAGUUCAGAUUGAUAAAUUUUACUACCCCAUUGAUUUCUUGGUACUAGAUGUGAAGGUUGAGGUAAAUGUUGACUCUAAAAUCCCAAUUAUACUUGGUAGACCUUUCUUUGCUACAACUAAUGCUCUAAUCAAUUGCAGGAAUAGUCUGAUGAAGCUUUCUUUUAGGAAUAUGUCUCUAGAAGUUAAUAAUUUUCAUGUCACCGAGCAACCUAGAGAAGAAGAUGAAUCUCAUCAAACCUACAUUAUUGAUGCAUUAACACUGGAGGAAGCAUUUGCAAAAAUUGAUUAUGAUCCAUUGAACUCUUUUCUCCUAAACUAUAAAAUCUCAAUUGGUUUUGAUAUUGAUGAAUAUACUAAUAUUUGUGUUGUUUUUGCAAAAUUACAGGACCAUAGGACUUUGCCAUGGCAACCCAAGUUUGAAGAAUUGCUUGAAAUGACUGGAGGACAAAAACCAUUGAGCAUCGAGAGCCCUAAGCUAGAAUUGAAACAACUACUCCCAGGACUGAAACAUGUAUUUCUUGGACUACGUGAUACCUUUCCUGUAAUUAUUUCUUCAGAAUUGAAUGCUUUGCAAUGUGAACAGCUUUUGAGCAUUUUGAAUGAGAAUAAAUCUGGCCCAAUUGCGAAUAGUAAAUGGGUUAGUUCUACACAUGUGGUCCCUAAGAAGUCAGGUGUCAUGGUAGUUAAAAAUGAAGUAGGUAUAGUAACUGGUUGA